AUGUCCCUGGAAACUUUCUUGAUGCCCCUCAGCUCCGUGCUGUCAUCGAUGCUACACCGGAUCCGGAAACUAUCUCGUCGCGCCGUUGAGGCCAUGGAAGGCUAUACUGCUCUUCUUAAUGAUGACCCUGAGUUUCAAAAUACCUUGCUUUCUCGUAUGACGCGUUCCGGUAACUGUCGGCACGAUAUAGUUCUGAACCUUCCUCCCGGUACAGAUGUCUUUUGGUCUCCGGAUAUGAAUUGCUACGUAACGGAGAUCACUGCACACGAAAUCCUUUGCAUGUCCUGUACAGUGCAUAUGACCACGCUGAACACGAUGGACGUCCAACGCUACCUACAACAGUCUGCACGUGCUGAACGUCUUACAUCACUGCACUUUGAAGUCAAACCAGCGGUAUGGCAGCGGCGCGAUGGCGCUGGCAGGAAUCCGAAGUCAGGUAAUAAGCAGCUUGACUACGAUACAUUCGACACCUUCAAGCUGGCGACGGACAUCUGGGACCAGGUUGCCCACCCCCAACAAGUUGUCAGACGCCUGGGUCUAUAUCAUUCUCAGGGCCAGAUCAGCAAAAGAUUCGUGGGGCACUCUAUGGACUUCAUUAAGCUGGGAUCCAUCAGAUAUACCAACCAAGAUCCCUGUUAG